AUGAACAUUUUCGCAUUCUUCAAAAUGGAUUCGUUCUCCAUUGAAAUAUGUGAGGGACUGCAGCACAUGUCGGAGACAGUGUUUGUAGGACUGUGUGAGAUGGUGGGUACCUCACAACAGGUUGCCAUCAGGAGGGAAACAUGGGACAUCAAGGAGUUGGUGGAGAGACGAAUGAUACCUCUUAAUGGGGUCUUGGGUAUGUUAAGUGGAAGCAUGAGAGAAGGAUUCAGACUGAAGGGAUCAGAUUAUGACAUAAUGUUCUGGCUUAACAACCACCGCGUGAUCAUGGACAUGUCUCAGUCUGAGUAUUACAACACAGCUAAUACAACCUUGAUUCUCUCUGAAAGUUCUGAGAGUCCACCAGGAUUCACUUUACUCCAGUUACUGACACCAUCAAGAUACAAAAUUGCCUUGUCAGCAUGUGUCAGAAUGAAUGAUAGGGUCUAUAUAACUAGUUCUAUAUACAGACAGUUGAGUUGUUCUUUAGCAAUAUCUAAUUCUACUGUGCAUGGACCCUGUGGUAGUGGUGUUAGAGUAGGAGUAGAAUAUGAUACUGCUCAUUGUCUUGUUUGUGACUUUUGGCCUCCGUCUGCCUCCUCAUGGAUAGACAGAUGUCACUCAUGGCCUGACCCUGAAGUUGUUGGUGACAUUGUCAGAAAUGGAUGUCACUUUGUAGCAAUAGGACACCCAUUAGGGCCCCAUGGAAAUGAAGAAUGGAGAAUUUCUUUUUCUAAAGCUGAAUAUAAACUUGUGUCAUCAAUGAACCACUGUCAGUUUUUGACUUAUGGACUGUUGAAACUUUUCUUAAAAGAAGUUUUAAAUCAACAAUCAGAAGAAACAAGUAAACUAUUGUGUUCCUAUCACAUGAAGACAACGGUUUUCUGGGCGAUUCAACACAACACAUUGCCUCACUUGUGUCCACAAAAUCUCCUGGCCGCUUUCUGGGUCUGCUUCAAACUCCUCAUUAAGUGGGUGUAUGAGGGGAUCUGUCCAAACUUUUUCAUCCCACAAAACAACUUGUUUCUGACAAAGGUCAAUGGCUCAGCACAAAACAGAUUGUUCCUACAGUUACAUGAAUUGUACAAGAAAGGUCUGGCCUGUCUGUUACAGAGUUCCUCUAUCAGGUCCUACAUCAUGGAUGUCCUGUACAAUCCUAGACUUUCUAUUUGUACAGAUGAGAGUAUGCUUAGGUCUGAAGUUGAUAAUGAUGUAGACCUAGUCAAAGAGUCCUCAUAUGUUUUAGCUACAACUGGGUAUCUGUGUCUAAUAACCAAAAUCAUUAAUUCGUUAGACCAGUUUAUGGAUUCACCAAUGACACAAUACCAAGUUGUAGCCAUGCAAAAAUUUACAGCCUUCAUCCUUCAGCAAACUUCUUUUCGAUUACAAACCAUGUACCCUAAAACAGGUGUCAACAAACAAAUAUAUAUUUCAGACAAAUUGUCCUGUCUCAUGCUCAAAUUAGCAGCUAAAUUUGGGUAUGUUUCUGACAUGUUGUACAGUGCCAUGUAUUAUUACAAGACACUCAGAUACAGGGAAGCUUUAUCUGCUAUAGAGAUGACAAAGGUCAAGUUAGCAGAGCCAUACCUGAUGUAUAAUGGUCAUGUAGACAGAGAGAGGUAUACUGAGGCUGUAGGGGGACAGUCCUGGUCUACAAAGAUAAGACAGGCUGUAGCAUGGGAUAUCACACUUUACAACAGCAUCUGUUAUAUCAAUGAACUAAUACCAGAACAACAGUCGGCUCUACAGAACAGAAUACCUGCGCUAGUUAUCCCAGUGUUUGUGCUGUUACACUUCCUAGAGUUCUUGUGUUACAGACACAUUGAUACAACGUUAUCACAAGCAGCUCUAGAUGAGCUACAGGUCCUAGUCCACCUUGAUCAGGGACUGUAUGUAGAUGUUUAUAACAGAGACAUCUCCUGGGAGAUCCUGGGGGUCUGUCAACAGAUCACAGGGAACCUCCCGGCUGCUCUAUACUCAUACCAACAGACGUUUACACAGUAUCCAUACCACUGAAUACAAACUGUCACACAGAGGAGAAUACAAGACAUAGUUCAAUCAACACAACACCAGUAUAAUGAGGAUCUGCCUUUAGAUUGAAAAAAAAAAAUCAAUAUGUUGAAAUUAAGACAAUAUUUGCACAGGGACAAUCCCCCAUCGUUACAUUUCUAGGCAGUGUAUCUGAUUAUAUAUAACUUUCAACUUUUAACCAUUUCUAAGCAGUACAGUACAGUAUAACCUGUCAAUCUUUUAGCAGUGUAUCUUUCUCUCUGGUUUUUUGGGGGUUCUUUUUGGCUUAGUUAGCAAUACCUUGGGAGAACAGGCA